GUAGUAUUCGCGCUGGCUAUAUAAGGUCUACAUAGAUCGAUCGAAUGGACAGAGAUUCGCCUCAUCUCGGAUAGAUGCGCACAAGCAUGAAGUCCUUCAUCAUCUUAUCGUGCCUUUCAUUGUCGGCGCUUGCCUUGCCCUCGUAUACGCCUUAUCAGGCAUACGGGGCGCAAGUCGGACAUUAUCACGGUCCCCCGGCCCCACUGGCCCCCGACGGUCGAGUGGUCGACACACCGGAAGUGGCGCACGCCAAGCAAGCGCAUCUGGCGGCAUACGCAGCUGAGGCAGCCAGAGCGACGCAUCACGGCGGAUAUCCCGCGGACGGAAGUUACGUUGACAAUUACAUCGGUGCCGGGUAUCACGGACCGCCGGCCCCGCUUGACCAUGACGGGCAAGUCGUGGAUACACCGGAAGUCGCCCAUGCCAAAGCCGCGCAUUUGGCCGCCCAUGCCGCGGAGAUAUCCAAGAUCACUCGUCUGUCACAUCUCAAUCCUUAUACGCAUGUUACCUGGUGAAUUCUCCGUUGAUGAAAAUAUUACGGAAUAGAGAUAUGUAAAUGGAAUCCGUGUAUUAUCUCUCUUAAAUAGAAUCAGUGCGUUAUCACUGAUAAGCAAUGGUUUCAAUUAUAAAUAAAGUAUAGCAAAUGGUGAAAUCUCACUGAGAAAAAUUAGUUGGUGAGGAGAUGAUUUUUCAGUGAAAUCUUACUGCCAUAUUCAAUGAAAGACGGAGGAGCAAAGUGUGAGUGUUUUCACUAAAGAUCAGUGAAAUACUCAUCGAUCUUCGGUGAAAACUUUAAUCAGUGACAUUUUCACUGAUUUAGUUUAAGAGAGUAGAGCUUAUUUGUAUUCAUAGUAUAAAGGAGAGUAGUGGCUUCGAGCGUAUCUCUACGAUGAAUGUAAAAACGUCACGUGUGCGUAUACGAACUAUAAAUGUAAUCAUAUUACAAUUGCAAAUAAAGUAUAAUAUAUGACAUGAAA